AGUGUCACCUUUGUUUGACAUAGCGUUUUUUUCACAAUUUGCUUAAAACAAUUUCCAUAUGAUUCAAUUACGUUGUGAUCGGAUCUAGAAUUGAAUGGAACGAGUUCGAUACAGUUUGAAAUAUCCUUUGAUUGUGUGGACUGUUUAAUGUUUCAAAUCAAUUCUCUUUUUGUGAACAAUUUGAUUGUGUUCUAAGUAUUGCAAACAUUAUAGACAUUAAUUUACUCUUAUCAGUUUAUCAAGUCCCGGUGUGUGUUGAUGUUUUGAUUUCUAAAUAAACCGUCGUCAUUAUAGUGCAAUCAAUACAUCUGCACGUGCAACGAAGUGCAUUGGUUUCACAUCAGUGGAAAUGGUUAUUAGUUUUUUUCGGUUCUCAAGUCGAUUAUUUUUAGCACAUCAUCAUUCAUUGAACAUUUCGAAACAAGCGUUUCUCUUCGGACGAAAGUUUAGUAGUCAAGUAAAGGAUUUAAAAAUGGAAAAAAUCAUCGCCAUUGGACAGAUGCGGUCAACUAAUGACAAAGCAGCCAAUCGCCAACAGGUUCAACAGAUUGUUGAGUCGGCCUCUCAGGAAAAUGCUAGCUUUGUAUUCUUACCCGAAUGCUGUGAUUAUGUUGGCAAUGAUCGUCAUGAAACACUCGCUCUGGCCGAAACACUGACUGGAGACACGGUACAAUUCUACCAACAAUUGGCUAAAGAGAAAAAUGUGUGGUUGUCGCUUGGUGGAGUACACGAAAUCAUUCAUGAUCAGGAUAACGGGAAAACCGACAAAUUACAUAAUUCCCACAUCGUUAUCAGUAAUACGGGCGAAUUGGUGGCUGUGUAUCGGAAAUUACAUUUGUUCGAUGUGGAAACGCCGGAGUUUCGGUUUCAGGAAUCGUGUGUUGUAAAUGGCGGCAAUUACAUCGUAUCUCCCUUGACAGACACACCACUUGAAGGUGGUCUUGGAUUAUUAAUUUGCUACGAUCUACGGUUCCCUGAAGCGUCAACAAUUCUGCGCAAAGCCGGUGCCACAUAUUUAACAUAUCCAUCGGCAUUUGCCUACUCAACCGGUUUGGCUCACUGGGAGUCAUUGUUACGUGCCCGUGCCAUUGAAAAUCAAUGCUUUGUGAUUGCACCGGCUCAAGUUGGUUACCAUAAUGAGAAGCGUAGAAGUUUUGGACGAGCAAUGGUGGUUGAUCCUUGGGGCCGAAUAUUGGCUGACUGUGACCAAGACGAUGCAUCUGUUCCACAAUGCCGAACAGUCAAAAUUGCAUUGGACUCAUUGCUGGAUGUUCGCAAACGUUUGCCAUGUUUCGAUCAUAGGCGUAAUGAUGUCUACGCUUUAGCGCCUCUCCGUUUGGUUUCAGCUGAGAGAUCGUUGAACGCAACCAAUUCGGAUUUUCAACCAAAACCAAUCGAAGAUGAGAAAACGCCAUAUUUCCUAUUCGAAAAGUAUCCCGUUCCUAAGUCAACCACAUUUCUUGAAACGCCAUUGAGUAUUGCAUUCACAAACAUUACCUGUGUUGUUCCUGGCCAUGUUCUCAUUGCAACGCGACGAUGUGUUAGCCGCUUGAAGGACAUGACGCCUGAGGAAAUUGUCGACUUCUUUAUGACCGUGUGCAAAUGCCAGCGUAUGCUUGAGAAAUACUACAACACAACGUCAGCCACUGUGACUGUGCAAGAUGGUGAAAAUGCUGGACAAACUGUCCGGCACGUUCACUGUCACGUGAUGCCCCGGAGAGAAGGUGACUUCGAGCAUAAUGAUGAAAUUUACAUCGAACUGAACAAGCAUGAUCACCCCAAAGACGGCGAAAAACGCACAUACCGCACACUCGACGAGCGUGCUGCUGAAGCCAAUGAAUAUCGCAAAAUUCAGAGUAAAAACAACUUUUUUUAGGAAAAACAAAUCCUUCAAGUCAUAUGGUCAAAAAUUACUUUUAAUAAUGAAUUAAUAUUUGUUUUUGUUUCUGUUGGUUGAAUGUAUCCAAAAGUCAAUUAUUAUUUUUUCCUACUGUACAAACUUUUUUUGUGAUGUGAGAAAAAUACACCUAUUAAUCUGGACCAUCCAAA